UCAUGUCUUUUCUAACUCUGUUAUUUUUUUCUCCCUGCUUGCAGCGGCUCAGAACAACUCGUACGUGACUCUGAAGCUGCAGAAUGUGAAAACAACGACCGUGGUGGUGAAGGGCUCCAACCCCUGCUGGGAACAAGACUUUCUUUUCGAGACCAGCGACCUGAAUCAGGGUCUCCUCAUCGAAGUAUGGUGCAAAGGCAUGCUAUGGGACCGGGCCCUGGGCUACUGCUACAUCCCGCUGCACUCAAUCAUGUACGAGAUGGACGACGGCAGCAACGAGAACUGGGUAUCGCUCGACGGCGACCUGGUGAUGCAGGACGGGGAGGUGAUCGCUACCAAGAACCCUACUGGCCACUCCGUCCUCAUCAACUGCCACUUCGAACAACCCUUCGCGACAGGUUUGCCCCUCAUUUCUAUCUCUCUCUUUCCCUCUUAACUCUAGCACACUCUUCCGCACUCUUUAUCUCACAACUCUUGCACCCUUUCGUGCACCUCUCACUCUUUCAACCCCCUCCCCUUCUGUCUCUGUCUCUCC